UCUCCUUUUCGCCAUUUCUAACAGACAUUUUUUUGUUGUCUCUCUCUUCCACCCAAACAUAGAAAAAAACCCAAAGAAAUCCGAUUCUCUAAGAAUAGCAAACCCUCAAUCCCACCAAAACAUCAUCAUAAGUAGUGUCCGCUCAACUAAAGCUAUUGUCGGGCCCUGUUUAACAUUUUCAACUCGCUCUGUUUAUUCUUUCUUAUUCAACACAACAACAACUCUUAUCUACCAAACUAUAUGUUAUGUACAUUUCUAUUUUGUGUUGUAUAUAUCAUCACAGUGGCAAGUGGUUUAUGGAUGAUAGGGAACUCAAAGUGGUGAUGGGUGUUCCACAAACUCCAACCCCUUCUCCACAUAUGUAUCAGCAAGAACUUCAGCUUAAACUUUACCAAGCCUUCAUAUUCUCAAUUCCCAUACUCUUUUCCAUUAUUCUCUUUCUCUUGUUUUACUUGUUCUACCUCAAGAGGAGAGCUUCCUCUCUCUCAUCCCCUCCACCCCACACACUUUCCAGGACUCCCAAUACACAAACUACAUAUCCCUAUUCUUCUUCCUCACCCUGUCGUUUAGAUCUGAAGGUGCAAUUUCUGGACAAACUUCCAAGAAUUUUAUUUGAUGAGGAUUUGAGAACAAGGGAUUCAGUAUGUUGUGUUUGUCUGGGAGAAUUUGAGGUGAAAGAAGAGCUGCUACAGAUUCCUUAUUGCAAGCAUGUGUUUCACAUAGACUGCAUACAUAACUGGCUGCAAUCAAAGUCCACAUGUCCACUUUGUAGAUGUUCCAUCAUACCCACUACAAAUUUGCUUAAUCCACCACCACCACCACCACCUAUUGUAUCAGAACCACCCCAACAAGGUGGUAUUUCGGGCUCUCCAUCACACAUCAUAUCAUUGCCUCAUCGACUAGAAGAUGAAGCUGGUGCUUCCUCAAAUAUUACCAUUUUUCAAGGGAAUGGUGUAUUAAUUAGAUGAUAAAACCUUUUGAAUUUA